GUCACAGACAGUCACAGACAGACUCUGUGACGUUUGACUGUAAAGAAAAUCAAAAUGAACGAAUCCGUCAGUGUCACCGUUUCCAGGAAGAAGCCGAGCGACGCGCUGGUGAAGCGUCAGCGCGUUUACGACUUCCUGUACGAUCCGGUUCACACGGUUUCAUCCGAGGUGGAUCACAUCCGGUCCAGAGCCUCCCUACACAGAGUGCGGCGAAUGCCCGAGUUCGACUCCAUGUUCAGCAGCCUGCCGCACCACCCGGGCUUCACCCUCCAGCUGGACCCCACCGACCCCGUCCCCCCGGCGGUGGACCGGGCCUGGAGAGGCUACAGGGACCAGCACAGAGAGGCUCUGCAGCAGCUCACCGGGGUGACAAGAAGGGACCAGAGUCAUCGAGGAGCUGAUCACUGGAAAUACUUUCAGAGACCUCUACUCCCCUCCUCACAGCGGCUUCCCCCUGACGUGAUCUAUGGUUUGCAUCAAGGAAACCUAGUGCCUCCUGGUGGACAGAAUGCAGAACAGCAGCUCACACACAUCACUGUGGGGGUGCAGACGGACUACAGGGAGAGUGAGACCCAAACAGACCCGUACUGCCCCGAGUACGUGAUACGACCGGGCACGACCCCGACGGAGCUCCUGCAGCUCGCUCCUCUGACCUGGGGACGCGGCCUGCCCGCUGGCCUGGCGGAGGUGGAGAUGAUCGAGCGGGCCCGGGCCAAACGGGUCUGGGAGGCGGGUCUCCCCCCGCUGGACGACCUGAGUCAGCUGGACAGGAGGAGGCGGAUGAUGGAGGAGAUGGAGGCCAAGGAGUGGGCGUUCAGGGAAAAAGAAAUCCAGAAGCUGCAGGAGUCCCGCCUGGUGGUGCUGACGGACCUGUUGAUGCAGAGAGACGAGGCCCAGAGACACUUGACAGACCAGAGACUGAGACACAGCUACUUAAAGCUCCUGAGCCACAGGGAGGGCCAACUACACAAGACCCACAACCAGUACAGCCGCUCCCUGAGGAAACUGCAAACGAAGGGACGGAGCAUGAAGGGGCAGCUGAAGCGACUCGGCCUGAGAGACACUGAGUUCGUCCCUCACUCCCUCCGGGGAACUUUCACCGGUGCUCACAGCAGUGCCUCACAGAAACACCACUUGACCACAUAUGAAGGCCUGGUGGAGCUGGAGGCCCGAUCCUCCACCCCCCUCUGUCAGCUGCGGCUGAAAAGAUCCAAAGACGUCAUCAAGGACGUGAUCCAGCCGUCUGUGAAGAAAGCGUUGGAGCAAAUGAACACAUACAAGGCGCUGAGGGAGAAGAGGGCGGAGAAGCCGUUACGAUUCCUGGUCAAGAAGGAGAAGCCGGUUCCUCGUCCCGCCACUCCCACAGUGGAGGAGCCGCCGGAGGGAGAGGAGGACACGGAGCUCGCUGUCAUCCACCUGCAGAAGCUGCUGAGAGGGAAAAGCGUCCAGAACGAGAUGUUUAAGGGCAAAGAGAACCACACGGAUCUGAUCCAGGAACUGAGGACGGUCCACGCGCUGCAGAGACAAGAGCAGGAGCUGCAGCAGGUGGACAGAGAGCUGAUGAUCGCCCUGAAGACAGAGAGAGACAAACAGAGAAUCGAGACGUCUCAGACCGAGGCGUCCCAGGCCCGAGUGAUCGGCGCAGAGCUGGAGGACAUGUUCGACACCUUGUCCAAGGAGCUGAUUCGCCUCCAGGAGGAGCGAAGGAUCCACGCCUUCACGCUCCUCGCCGAGAGGGAGCGCCGCAUCCGAGAGGCCGAGGAGAGCGGCAGGAGGCAGCUGGAGGAGUUCAGACGCAGAGAAGAAGAUGAGAUCUUCAGACAAGUGGUGCAGAUUCACCAGGAAACUGUGGACUUCUAUCUGGAGAGCGUCAUCUUGGGAACUGUGGAGCGGACGGCGAACGACCAGGCCCGAGAGGAGAUCCGCCGGAGGGCCAAGGAGAUCAACGACAUCGUAUACGCUGCGGAGCAAAGCAGGAACAACCUUCAGUCGGAGGAGAUCGUUUCAGAGCUGGUUUACAGUUUCCUCAUCCCAGAGGUGGAGAAGAUCAACAUCAGGAGAAGAGUUCACGCGAGGCAGCAGAAACACUUGGAGGCCGUUCGGAGCAUCAUCAAUGAGGCUGCAGAGGGUUCUGGGUUCCCGCCCUCCUCUCCUCCCCUCUCUCCCUCCUCUCCUCCCCUCCCUCCCUCCUCUCCUCCUUCCCUCCUUCCUUCUGAAACAGCCUCUGUUGAGGAGCCGAGCAGCCGAGAGCAGGAUCAGCAGCAGGAAGCAGAACCUCAGCCUCACUGAGUAGAGACCUCAACGACUGCUCCUACCGGGGAUACCUGGAGAGGAUCUGAACCUUGUCCUCUCACAGCUGGGGUCCCUCAAGGUUCCGUCCUGGGUCCCCUCCUCUUCUCUCUGUACAACAACUCUCUCGGCUCUGACUCACAUGGUUUUUCUUACCAUAGCUACGCAGGUGAAACCCAACUAGACUGAACUACUUUUCCUCCCACCCACCACCUGACUAUUACCUUUGACAACUCCAUGGUCCAGGUCCUGUUCAGGGCUCUGGUCAACUAACCCAAGACUACUGCACUUCCCUCCUGGCAGGUCUACCUGCUAGUGCCAUCCGAUCUCUGCAGCUCAUUCAGAAUGCAGCAGCUCCACUGGUCUUUAACCUAAAUUCACUCUGGUCCUCCGCUCCCUUCACUGGUUACCAUUGAGCUCCACAUCGACAUCAGGACAGAACAUCUUCACAUCUUCCUCCAGACUAAAGACACAUCUCUUCUGACUACAGCUUGGUUUAGAAGAUGGUGUCUGAUAAACAGGGAAAAAAUACAUAUGUCAAAAAUAAUAUGUGUUGCCCUUGUACUGUAGAGACUGAAAAUAUUAAAUUCUGAGAUACAGUCAAACUGAGAUUGGCUCUGAGCCCACAGCGUGAACCCUGCACCUGAGGAGGAAGUUCCACUCUCCAGCCACUAUGAGGCACUGUUGCUCUAAAUUUAAAAGAUUUGUGACAGAUUCAUUCAGGGAUUAGUUGAUAAAAAUGUUUAAUGGUAUUAUAGAGGUGUUUGAAAUUUAGUUCAGGCGUAUUGAAAGAAGUUGGGUAAAGAGAGGACAUAGCUAUAAAAGAGUCAUCAGGAGGUACUGGUCGUAUUUAAAGUGGACUUCAGAUCUCUGGACGUUCAGAACUCAGCUCCACAUUAAGUAAAGUCAACUUAAGCCCUGAUUCUUGAUUUUGAAUUCACUUUAAAGACCUUUUUUCAACUUGG